AAAUUAUUAUGGACAUUCAAAACAUCAUGUAGUAACUGGGAGGAGGAGGAUAAGCCGUAAAUCCGGAAGUGUCCAUCCCAGAUACAGCAGAAUAGGUCACUAUAAGUGCUCUUGCUUUGAUCAAAAUGCUAAAAGUAAUUUCGCUAAUAUUAUCAUUCAGCAUGCCAGAGCAGGAAUACCAUUUGAAGUAAUGGGGCUAUUAUUAGGAGAUAUAGUAGAUGAUUAUCACAUUAGAGUUUAUGACGUUUUUUCAAUGCCCCAAACAGCAAGUAGCGUUUCUGUGGAAUCUGUGGAUCCAAUAUUUCAAUAAAAAAUGGUUGAAUUGUUGAAUUUAACAGGAAGAAUGGAAAAUUGUAUUGGAUGGUAUCACUCUCACCCUUCAUAUGGUUGUUGGCUAUCAAGCGGUACUCAUUCAUAUCCCAUAUUUGAUAGUCGAUAUCAACACUCAAUAAUCAUAUGAAUAGUUAAAUAAGAAGUCAAUUGCCGUUGUUAUUGACCCUAUUCAAUCUGUCAGAGGCAAAGUAGUUAUUGAUGCAUUCAGAUUGAUUCCCUAAUCAGCCAUGCUUACUCAAUAAGAACCUCGAUAAACUACUUCAAAUACAGGGCACCUUCAAAAACCUGGUUUAGAAGCUUUGUUAAGAGGCCUAAAUAGAUAUUAUUAUUCGAUCAACAUCAAAUUUAAAUGCAAUGAUCUGGAAUAGAAAAUGCUUUAGAAUUUAUAUAAAAACAGUUGGGCUGAAGGUUUAAAGUAAUUAUUGCUAAUUCUAUUGGUUAUUAGAUGCAAUUCUGCUAGUGAAAACAGCCAAAAAAAUGAGUUCUGUGUUGAAAGUAUGUCCAAAUUAGCUCUUGAAUAUUAGAAAUUGAUAGGUAGAGAUUAUUAUUUAUUUAAUUUUAGAGGAUGAAUCUAAGAAAGGAGAAUAGGAAACCAAAAUAAAAAAUACAGGAAAGAAGGAUCCAAAGAAGCAUCUUGGUUUGAAAGUAGAUGAACUACUUGAUGAGAAUUUAAAUGCUAUAUUGGGUAGGAUGAUGGCUACUAAAGCCUUCUGA